UGACUUACCAAACUACUCACAUGAAAUAUUCAUUUGAGAUGAGACGGACCUAAAUAAUGUUUGACGUUGUUGUAAAUUUCUCCGGCGGAGAUGAUAAACAACCGUCAACAAACUUUCCGGCGACAGCGCGCACACAAAGAUCGCCUUUAGUAUUUGAAUUUCGAACUAGUAUCGUCAGAAUCGCCGACGUCUCUGUCAGUGGUUUCGGGAUUCAUUUAUACGACGAGUCAAAAAGUGCGUAAGAGAGAGGAAAAAUACUCGCGGAGCGGAUCAUUGAUGCUGCCGAAAAGAAUUUUCUCGGGAGAAUGAUAUCGCUGUUUGGCAGGCAAGAAAAUUAAGAAGAGGCCGUUUUAAGCUUUUGAGCUGGUGUAUUAACACAGAGAGAGACCUCUCAAUUCAUCUUCCUGGGUGCGUGUAUUAUUUCCCAUUUUCCCCUGCCUCUUAAGAACCUGAAGGGUGUCUGUGGAAUUUGAAGGUGGAUAGGCCUGGUCUGUGUCGGCUGAUCUAGAAGGAUUGGUUGCACAUUCCCGAGUACGUGCAUGAAGAUAUUGUCUCUGAUAUUUCCCAAUACAAGCAAAACAUGAAAUUCGGCAGGUCUAAUGCGUAAUGGUGUCCACAGAGAUCUCAAUGGUCCAUGUUGGUAUAUUUCUGGUUUCACCGUCAUUUACUAUGUUGCUUGCAGAGAGUGAAGAAGCAUUUUCCCAAGGAACCAUUGGGCAUAAGCCGGAUUCUAAACCUUCUGAUUAUGAUAAGGAUGCUUUGAACGCUGCGUGGUUGAAGUUGGGAAAUGAUGAAAUGAAGGAAAAUCAGAAUGGAGUUCUUUGUGGUUUUAAGGUCAAUGAGGAAGAAACAGAUCAAUCACCACACAUGAUAAAUGAUAAUGGUUGGACUGCAUCAGAACUUCAUUGCUGUAUGAGAGCUGUGGAUUCCACUGAAAGGGUGGAAAAUGAUGCUAAAGAUAUCUUGGCACCUGAAACUCAUUAUUGUGUGAAAAGCAAAUCAUUUGAGGACACUGCUUUUUUUAUGGAGAAAGGUGUUACGGAUUGUGGUCUCCCAGAACUGUUAGUUUGCUACAGAGAGAACUCUUAUCAUGAUGUCAAGGAUAUUUGUGUCGAUGAGGGUGGUGUGCCUUUGAAGAACAAAUUUGUGUUUGAAGAUGUUGUCAAUGACAAUAACACUUGCACAUUCGUUCUUCCCAAGAAGAAUCCAAGAAUCGAAACGAUUGAAGAAAAGUUGGAUAUUGACACAUCUAUUCCCUUUGUGUUGAAAUCUGAAGCAGAUAAGGAUUCCAACAAUGAUUUUGCCAAUCAGUGUGAUAGCAAGGAUUUGAUGAUGAAAGGGGAAGCAAAAGGUGACGCACGUUCAAAUAGUGCAGAUGAAGUAUCCGAAGAGAUAUUUUCACUUGGAGACUUGUUUUCAAGGAUAGAUUCCAGUGCAGAGGAGUGUAACCUCGAGUCUACCAUUAGUGACCCAAGUGAAGUCACACAACAGUCUAUUCAGAUCUCAAUUGAAAAGGAAAAUGAGGUCUGCCCAAUCAUGGUUUCUUCGUCUGAAGAAUCAGAUAACGAGAGAGAGAUGGUAAACUUGGUAACCUCCUCCCUAGUUCCCAUAGUUGAGAAAUCUGAAAAUAGUGGCAAAGAAGCAAAUAUGGGAAGCCCUGCUCAAGUUUCCGAUUCUGAAGAUUCAGCCAAUGGUUGUGUUGCCAAUGAUGUAUCUUACAACAGUAAGGUAGAGACGGCAAGCAUCACUUUUGAUUUUGAUUCUUCUGCACCCACAGAGAGCAACAAGGAGGAGUGCCCUCGAAUGAGUGAUUCUGAGCCUUUCCAGACUCCAAAUUUGUCCAGCAUCGAUGAUAUGAAGAGUCGGCUAGUUUCUAGCCAAGCUCGAGAUAGCUAUGGUGAGACAAGCUUCUCUGCUACCGGUCCUUCUUCUGGAGUGAUUACUUAUUCAGGACCUAUAACACAUUCUGGAAGCCUCUCUCUGAGAUCAGAUAGUAGCACAACCAGCACUCGUUCAUUUGCCUUCCCCGUAUUGCAGACAGAAUGGAACAGCAGUCCAGUUAGAAUGGCCAAAGCUGACGGAAGACGUUCUCGGAAGCAUGGAGGUUGGAGGCAAGGUCUUCUUUGCUGUAGAUUCUAACUUCUUCUAUACUAUCCAUAGGUUUAACACAAGAUAUAUAUACAUAUAUUUAUGAUCAAAAUAUAUACGAUUGGGUUUUAGUAAUAUGAAUAGUCAUACAGCUUCCCUUCCCUGAGUUGUCGCAUGCAAGUAUGCUUUGAGUUUGUUCUUGUACAUGCUGGUUGAGAAUCUGGAGAAUAGCUUAUAAUUUUGAUGUCAGUUUAAAAUAUUUUUUUCUUUCUGAAA